AUGGACACCGACGUAUCCGACCUUCAUGUCAUGUCCACAUUUCUGUUCCCAAAAACGAAACGGAUGAGCAAGCUCCCGGACAAAUAUCUUGAAAUCGCUAUUUCGAAAGUCGAAGAUCGCCUAUCUCAAAUCGGCGACCCACGUAUUCCAGUCAACGUAAACAAUGGAUGCGAUGAGUAAGGCAGCUAAUUUUUCUUCUAACCUAAUCACAUAAAUUUUAGCGAGUUCGACAACAUUCUUCAACCGACCUCAAGGGAGGAAAUAGCCGCUUAUGUGGCGGAACUGGUUCAUCCUUCAGAAGACUGCCCGUUGAGAUACUGGCAUAAGAAUCAGACAAAGUUCCCGACACUGAGCAAGGUGGCGCUCCGCUGUUUCUCCGUGUUCACUUCUGAAUGA